CGAAAGUGGCCCAAAGAGUUGCGCGCGUUGCCCACGAAGCGAGUGGUGCCCCCCCCCCACACACACACACAUAAUAAUUUGAUAAUUUCUCGUGCCCAAGUGAAUUAGUGUUACAUUUUUUGGUCUAGGGCCAACCCCCAGCCAACGUUAAGCGGGAGCCAUGAGGAUCCAGCGGCAUUUUAUGUUGGGUUUGCUCGGCGCGCUCUCUGUCGCCACCGGAGGCAUCCAUGCCAAAGCCGUGGGCGAUCAGCAGGCAGCCGAGUCCCAGGUGAGCGGCAAGAGCGUAGCGCAGCAGCGCAUCGGAGACGGCUUUGGCCUGGGUCUCGAUCUCGGCAUUGGCGAGCAUGACGUACACGAGCAUCAUAUACACGAACACCAUGAGCAUCACGAGCAUCACGAUCCCGGCUAUUGGAAGAAGAAAGUCGAGUGGAAGGAGGGCUGGAAGAAGAUAUGGAAUCCAGCCAAGAAGCAAAUUUGGAAUCCAUCGUGGAAGAAGAUCUACAAGCCGCAUUGGGUCAAGGUGCCAGGCUGGAAGGAGAUUCAGGUGCCCGCGUGGAAGCAAAUAUGGGUGCCGCAUUGGAAGGAGAUUUUAGUGCCCGCUUGGAAGGAUAUUCAGGUUCCCGACUGGAAGCAGUACUGGACUCCCGAACUAGUCAAGGUUGGCAUUCCUGGUGAAAAAUAUCUGGGCAAGGAUCAUGAGGGUUGGGAGUAUACCAGUCACGAUCUGUGGAAGAAGAAGGUUGUAUGGAAAUCACACUGGAAAAAGAUCUGGAAGCCAGCUAAAAAGCAAAUCUGGGUGCCAGAGAAGAAGCUGGAAUGGAAGGAGGCAUGGAAGCAGUACUGGAAACCAGCCAAGAAACAAAUCUGGAACGACAAACUAGAGUGGAAGGAGGCCUGGAAACAGAUCUGGGUGCCCGGCUGGAAGGAAAUUUGGGUGCCUGGCUGGAAGAAAAUCUGGAAACCCGUUGUAAUAUCCGAAUGGUUCCCCACACCCGAUCACCAUCACGACCAUCACCAUCAUGACGUUGGCUGGGACUGGGAUCGCAAAGACAAAGGCGCCACCAACGAAAAGGAUAAGGUUGUCUGGAAACGGGAUGACAGCAAUGCCUCCGCGUCAAAGCCAACACUACUGCAGCCAGUGGCCAGUGCAGAUUUCCAAGCCAAGACGCUCGAGGCAGCCAAAUCGCCGGUUGCCGCCGGCGCCGCCGCCACAUCGCAGUCAUUUAAGUUUCCGGGCGCGUAGAGCAUCUGCGAACAUUUA